AUGCGAUUGCUACUCUGCCUGUUCGCCUUCUGCGUCGUCGUGUCGGCUGAUGCUUUCCGGUGUUACCAAUGCAAUUCCGAUCAGACGUCAAAGUGCGUCGACGAUUAUGAGGCGUUCCUGAAAGUUUGCCCCUCAAAGUCGAUCGGCGGCAAGGCGCACAAGCCGAUUGGAUGCCGGAAAACGGAUCAGCACGUCGGAGCCGUUUACACCCUUAUCCGCGAGUGCGCCUACACCGGCGAGAACUUGGUGAACAAGAACAGCAAGGGCUCGACCGGCGUGUCCCGAACCAUCAACCAGUGUAACGACAAGAUGGGAUGUAACGACGCCUCCUCGAUCACCUUCUUCGCGCCACUGGUCGCGCUAGCCGGCUACGCGCUGCUCAAA